AUGUUCAACGCCCUCAAUCGCUUCAUAUCACGACUGGAUGGCGACCCCCAGCAGCAACGCAGAGACCAACAUGGCGGCUACGGAUUCCAGGUCUUGCGCAACACCAACCUAGAACUCGGCAUCGAGCCCUGGUUCGACUUCAUCGUCGGCAUCAAUGGAAGAGAAAUCGACAACCCCGAACCCCGCCUCUUCGCCCAAGAAGUCCGCAACUGCGCCGGCGGCACCGUAGCCCUGGGCCUGUGGUCGGCCAAGGGCCAGCGGACGCGGGUGCUUCACCUGCCCGUGCCGGCCGAGAACCCGUCGCUGGGCCUGUCGCUGCAGUACACGGCGCUGGCGACCGUGGCCAACAUCUGGCACGUGCUGGACGUGGCCGCCAACUCGCCCGCCGACGCCGCCGGCCUGCUGCCCUACAGCGACUACAUCCUCGGCACCCCCGAUGGCGUGCUGCACGGCGAGGGCGGCCUGGGCGAGCUGGUCGAGGACUUUGUCGGCCGCCCCCUGCGCCUCUGGGUCUACAACAACGAGUACAACGUCACGCGCGAGGUCGAGAUCGUGCCCAGCCGCGAGUGGGGCGGCGAGGGCGCCCUUGGCUGCGUCCUGGGCUACGGCGCGCUGCACCGCCUGCCCGCGCCGCUCGAGGAGCCCGUGAGCGCACCGGGGGAGACCUUGUUCGAUGGCGGGGAGCCGAGCGCGGGCGGCGCCGGGGGAUUUGCGGAGCCGCAGUUCGGCAGCGGCGAUGGCAGCUCGUUUGCGCCGGCGGGGGCGCCGUCGUCGGAUUUCUUGGUUCCGGCGCAGAUGGUAGAAGCCUCGUCACCGGUCAGCGGGCCGCCGAGAGGGGCACCGGCGCGUGGUAGGCGAGAUCGGCAUGCGGGACACAGUCCGAACCGGCUGAUGGACGACUACUUUGCCGAGGAGGAAAAGAAGAGCAGGGAGCUGGAUGGCACGUCUUCGAAACCAAAGGCCACACCGCCGCCGCCGCCGCCCAAGUCUGGCACAGGACCACCUCCGAAGGGCGGGCCGCCGAGGGCCAGUCCAAAGCCAGAGGAAGAAAAAGCAACAGAGAAUACGGACGAAAAAGAGACAGGGAGCGGUGACGAGGACUAG